AUGGUCGAUGCACGAUUGGUAACAGUGGUCGGAGCUACUGGUGCUCAAGGAAGUGCUGUUGUACGAGCAUUAGUUGAAACAGGCAAAUACAAAAUUCGUGGUUUAACACGUGAUUCAUCGAGUGAAAAAGCUCAGACAUUGAAACGUUUAAGUGAUAAUAUUGACAUGGUUACAUGUGAUAUAACAAAGAGUGAUGAUGUUGAACGUGCAUUUAAAGAUUCAUGGGCUAUAUUUGCUGUGACAGAUCCUUGGACAAAUCCAAAUCAACUGGAACUCGAAAAACAACAAGGUUAUAUCAUGGCUGAUGCAGCUGCUUCACUUCAAAUUCCAUAUUACAUAUUUAGUACAGUAGAAGAUGUUAAGAAGCUGAGCAAUGGAAAAUUCGAUAUACCAAUUUUUACUCACAAAGCCGAAAUAACUAAUUAUAUCAAAGAAAAAUGUCGAAAUUUAAAAACUAUUUAUGUCGAACCUGCUAUGUAUAUGCAAAAUUGGAGAAAUGCUGGAAAAUUACCUACAUUAGAUGAUGGAACAGUAAUAUUCGCAGCUCCCAUCGAUGAAAAGAUGGAAUUACAUUUAGUAGAUAUCGAUGAUAUUGGUCCGAUUGUUCGUGAAAUAUUAGCAGAUCCGGAUAAAUUUGUUGGUCAAGAUAUUUGUGUAUGUGGUGAUGAAAUAAGUUUAGAAAAUCUAUCCAAAAUCUUUACUAAAGUAACUGGAAUUCCAGCAAUCUCAAAAACAUUAACCGAAGAAGAAUUUCGAACAAUAACAAAACAGUUACCGAAAACAGCGCAAGAUAAUAUCUUUGGUAUGCAUAAAUGGAUCGAAGAAUAUGGAUAUUAUGGAAAAGAUAAAGAUUGGACAAAUGGACAAAAAUUAACAAAAUUAAAUACAUUUGAACAAUGGCUAAAAUAUGAAUUUAAAUUAUAUAAAACUGUAAAAACAAUAUCAAAUCUUGAAGAAUGUUGUGAAACUGUUAUUAUUCCAAAUCAACAUCAUAUUCUUUCACUUGAUAUAAAGGAUGAUAUCUUCGUCAAUAAUUUUUUCAAAUAUUGUAUUGUUAAUGCAUCAUUUCAUAAUCUUCGAUCAGUUAUUUUACGUGAUAUUCUUAUCGAAUUAGCUGUAGAUCCUCUUUUGCAUCUAAAAUCGUUACCAAAUCUCUUAUCAUUGACUCUAAUAUGUCAUCUAUUAUUCCCUAAAGAUAUUCGUGAUAUCUAUCGAUUGAUUUUCUCUUUUCCAACCUUAAAAUACAAUAAAAUAUCAUUAGAAGAAUUGAAUUAUGAACAUGAUGAUAUCAAUGAGACAAAUAUUUCACUACCUGCUGGUAUACUAAAUCAGCAAUUUAAUACAAUUGAAUAUUUCGUUAUCAAUCAUGAAUGUGCAUUUGAUGAAUUAAUAUUUAUACUUUGUCAUACACCUCAAUUACGUCAUCUUAUUUGUGGUAAUUUACUUAAAACAGAUCAGAAUAUUGAAGAUGAACAGAUUCCAACAUUAUCUUAUUUAAAACAUAUACGUAUUGAUUGUUGUUAUCUAGAUUUUAAUGAUUUUGAAAGGUUUAUCAAGAAAGUUUCUCCUCAAUUACAACGAUUACAUAUUAAGCCAAAUUUUAACAAAGCUUAUCUUGAUGCAGAUCGAUGGGAACGGUUGAUAACGAAUUAUAUUCCACAUUUACAUACAUUGAUUUGCAACUGCUAUCAACAUAAUUUUAUAAUUUAUGAAGAUCGAUCUCUUCAUUUAAUUAUUAAUCAAUUUAGUUCACCAUUUUGGGUUAAUAAAGGAUGGAUAUUUGAAAUUUUUAUUGAUUGUAGAAUUAUCCAUUUUUCCAUUCAUUCGUCAAAGAAAACAUGUUUUAUUUUUGAUGAGACAAAAGAAACUAUGGUGACAUAUUCAAAAUCAAAUAAUCUAGUCAUUCAACUGGAGAUCCAUAGCUUUGCUUCCAAUCCGAAACAGAAUCAAUCAUUGAUUGAUAAUUACAAACUCAUGUUUGAUUCAAUUAAAUUUACUCAUUUAACUAUCAAUUGUGAGACGAUUUCUUCCGAACUGCUUAUUCAAAUUAUCGAAAUGUUACCUCAUCUUGUUUCAUUACAUAUAUUAGCGAUACCAAUCAUUCAAAAUAAUGCUGAUGUUCUUCAUCGGGUAUCACUCAAAAAUAAAAUAACAAAAGUUAAACUCGAGAAAAUUACUGAAAUCGAACAAGUAAUGUUUAUUCUUUGUCUUUGCCGUUGUAUGAAGCAUUUUCAAAUCAAUGAAAAUGUUCCUCAUCUCACUUGUUUAUGUAUCAAUAUUUCCAACAAUAAUGAACACAUACUUAAUGAAUUACAAAACCUGAUUGAUACUGAAUAUUUAUUAGAUAAUUAUACAAUGAAACUCGUCGGGCAUAAUAUUAUUUUACAAUUAUAUUAA